GCCCGUAGGCGGCCGGCGCUGUCUGGGGCCGGUGGCGGGCGCGGGCGGUGCGCGAUGAGCGGCGCGGGGCGCGCGGCCUGGCGCCUGGGGGCCGGUGCUGCCCGUGCCGGUGCCGCCGCCGCGCGGGGCCGGGCCGGGCGGCUGCUGAGCCAGGCAGGCGCCGGGGAGCGCGGCGGGGCCGAGGACGGCAGCGGCGGCGGCUCCGGGUCGCGGGAGGCGGUGGAGCGGCUGGUGCGGGCGCACCCGGUGGUGGUGUUCAUGAAGGGCAGCCCGGCGCAGCCGCUCUGCGGCUUCAGCAACGCCGUCGUGCAGAUCCUGCGCCUGCACGGAGUGGAGGACUACCGCGCCCACGACGUCCUGCAGGACCCCGACCUCCGCCAAGGAAUAAAAAACUACUCUAACUGGCCUACCAUCCCACAAGUAUACCUCAAUGGUGAAUUUGUUGGCGGCUGUGAUAUACUCCUCCAGAUGCAUCAGAAUGGAGAUCUUGUAGAAGAGCUGAAGAAGCUAGGAAUCCGUUCAGCGCUUCUGGAUGCAGAAAAAGACCAAGACAAGAAGUAAAAUGAGCGAAAAAAGAUGCUCUGACAGUAAUAAAGCAAAUAUUUGAGAAGAACUUGUUACCAGAAAAGCCUUAUGUACUUCAGCUCAAAGAAGGCAUCUUUUUGAACUGACACUAAGAUUUACUUGUGAAUAUCUGUUAGCUCAUGCUAAAUGUAGUGAUCUUGGUAUUUUGAUUUCUGGAUAUUGUGAAAAUUUGAGUAUAGCCACUGUACUGUAAAGCAUACAUUUGUGGAAAUUGUGGUUAAAAAAAAAAGUUCACUUCUAAAAGCAUUCACUUCUUGAUUGAGGCAAGAGUAAACCAAAAUAAUAUUUUUAUGGAUUUUUAGUGUGUCUUUCUGCGUUCUUUGGUACACGAACAUGCGCAAACAGUGUUUGCAUUCCCUUGCUCCUCUUGAAAAAAUGUUAAGUAAUGGUGCAUCAGUUUUGCUGUAUAACUCCUGGUGACAAGACUUCCUGAGAGCCUGUAAAACUUCUGUAAUCACAUACGAUAUAGGAGAAAAAUAGUCUUUAAACAGUAUCGAAGACAAAAGAUUAUAUGAGAGUGCAUGAAAUAUACUUUUAUUCCAAAGGGUAAAAAUAAACAGACUGGUACAAAUACA